UUUAACAUUUCUCACACAAGUAUACAGUCAUGUCACGUACAAAAAUCUGUGUCCGUUUACAAAUUGUGAAUGUCGUACGUUUGUAAAAUAAUUUGCUGAAGUGCGUGAAGUUUCAGUGUAAAUUUGGCAACGUGCCCUAGUGUAAUAAACAAUGCAAUGGCGUUACAGAGAUUGUAAUGGUGGCCUUUCAGUGGAACUUCGGGUCCCAUUUAUUUUUGUUUUGUUUACUUGACUGUGGUCAUGACAACUGUAAUAAAGAAGUAUGUUGACAAUACAAUACAUCUAAAAUGACCUACCACAUAUCAUCACAAUAGACUAGUAAAGUCUUUAAAUAAUGUCUUAAAAAUGGCUUCUAAUACAGACAGGGUGGAAUGGGUGGAGAUAAUAGAGCCCAAAACUAAGGAGCACUUCUACGCGAAUUUGGCCACCGGUGAGUGUGUGUGGGAACCACCUGAAGGGGUUCCAGUCAAACGUACCGACAAAAACCAAUGGUGGGAAUUGUUUGAUCCGAACUCGGCCCGGUUCUACUAUUACAAUGCGACAUCACAGAAAACAGUGUGGUAUAAACCAGUUAACAGUGACAUUAUCCCUUUGGCCAAGUUGCAAACGUUGAAGCACAACACCGACUGCAGUCCAGCCCAAACUAGCAAUCAAUCUACGCAAACCGGAGAGCUCGUGGGACGGGGCCAGGUCCUUAGUUUGUCGGCCAGCACUCCCCAGUUGAGACGUAAGUCCUCAGAUUUAAUAAGAAGCAGCAGCUUUAGUCAAAGGGGUGCCGAAGCACCGUUAUAUUCCAAUUGGCAUGAAUCUCAGCUACUUCCUUUAGAACAUUUUCUGCUUAAUAACAGUAGGGACUCUGACAGUGAUCAUUCAGAUAGUGGAAGUGAAUCUUUGACUGGACAUGAACCUGAUAACGAAGAUUCUGAUCAAUCGGAGGGUAGUUAUCUGCCCCACAGGCUGUCACACAGGCCUGUGGAAUAUCUUAAUCUGCCUACUGCUGCUUCUACUGAACCUAGAGAUAAGGAAACAACCAAAGAUAGACCGCCGCAUCCUAUUUUAAUGAAGCCAUUAGCUGAACCACCCUUGCAACCUGAAAGAGAGGCAGACAUGGAAAAGUUCGCAGCCGACAACUUGAAUCUGGGAGGCAGGGGGCUAUUUAGACGAAAAGCUAGCGUCCGCGAUUUGCUUAGUUGGUCGGCGAGGAGCUUGCAACGACCUUUACUUGCCUCUAGUAAGCCUGUUGCCCGACAGGCCCUAGAUAUGUUUAGACAAGUACAAAUGUAUAUGGGUGAUAGAAAGGCACGUCCAGGUGUGUCCUUGAACUCCCUAUUAAUGGAAAUAUUAGGCACAGCCCAUGCACAAGCCUUGCUGCGAGAUGAGCUUUUUGUACAGUUAUGUAGGCAGACCACAGAAAAUCCCAGAAAAGAUUCUCUAUUGAGAGGCUGGGAAUUGCUAACCAUUGCCCUUGCUUUCGUACCUCCUAGUCCAGUUUUUCAACCAGCUCUUCUGGGGUACCUUAACCGACACAGGGAUCCCACUUUCUCGAGGGUGUUCCCUGAUGUCAACAGAUGGCCAAUUCAUGUACAAGUAAACCAUUACGCGACAGUCGCAUGUCAAAGGUUAGAACGGAUCGGCGCCGGCGGAAAGCGGAGCGCCCGUCGUCCCCAGAUGGACGAGAUCGAGUCGGCCAGAAAACAAAUAUUCCAAGCUAGUCUAUUCGGCAACACGCUCCGCGAAGUGAUGCAACUGCAGGCGAGCCGCUGGCCGAAGAACCGACUCCCCUGGCCCCAGGUCGAGCUGUCGCAGCAAGUGCUGAAGCUGCAAGGCCUGACCACCGAGGGCAUCUUCAGAGUGUCGGCGGACGUCGACGAAGUCAACAGGCUGAAGGCCCAGAUGGACCGGUGGGAGAUCAGCGAACCGAGCGACGCGCACGUGCCAGCCAAUCUACUUAAACUGUGGCUCCGCGAGCUGUACGAGCCCCUCAUACCCGACUCUCUAUACCCCGAAUGCAUUGCCGAGCCCAUGACACCGCGACGUGCAUGCGAUUUAGUACUCCGCCUGCCCACCCUCCACAGACUGGUCCUAUGCUAUCUGAUACGGUUCUUGCAGACGUUCAACAAGCCGGACGUCAUCCAGUACACCAAGAUGGACGCAUCCAACUUGGCGAUGGUGUUCGCGCCCAACUGCUUGAGAUGCAUGGCAAGUGAUCCCCGCACGAUGUUCGACAAUGCACGCAAGGAGAUGACGUUCAUGCGUUGUCUCAUUCAAGAACUAGAUACUGAAUGUGUUCGCGAUAUGAUCUGACCUCAACUACCACUUUCAUUUGUAAAUACAUACUUACAUAUUUAUACAAUAUUUCAUUAUUGUACCAUUUUUUAUUACGAAUCGUUAGAUAUUCAUCGGCAGUUAAUUUUUUUUAUUAUUAUCUACUUUACAAAUUGUGAUUUAAAUUAUAUAGAAAUAAAUAUUGUUUUCGUAUGAA